AUGUCGAAUAAAAAGUUCCAACGACCUCUGCGACCUGGUUUUGGAGGUGGAAGUGACUGGAGUGGCAUCAUCGUAGCAGACGGUGGAUUUGCAGAUGGUGGCGGCUUUGAAGGCAAAGGAGGCAGCGACGAAUUAGCCGGUGGUAAUGGAGGCAGCUUGGGCAACGGAGCUCGCUUUGAUGGUCAAAGAGGCGAUGACGUACUCGAUAGCGUUUGCGGGGGCGUUGGGUCCGAUGCUAGCGACGUUGCUUUAGGCGACGGCAACGGACUAGGCGGUGGCGUUGUAGAAGAACACAGCGACGGCGAUGAACUUAGCGUUGGUGGACUGGAAAGCGGAGGUGGGCCAAUCGGCGGUCACAGGAACUCGAGGGGCCAGGUUCCACCGCCAGCGCUAGCGGUUGCCUCGGCAAAGGGAGCUCCAGCACUAGCGGCCAGGCCAGUUCUAGCGGCCAGGGCAACUCUAGCGCCCACGCCAGUUCGAGCGGCAGUUCCGUCUCCAACGGAUGCUAGUCGGCCGUCAGGCGCACAAAUCGAUCGCUGGAAGCAAAUGCACCAAGCCCCACCUUUCAAUGUUCAAAAAUUUACAAGUCUAGAUGUUAUAAUAAAUAAA